CAGACUGUUGCUGGGUCGACAUGGUGAAUUAUGUUCCUCCUAAGUACUGGACUUUUCGAAUGACAGUCAACCUCGUCCCCAGAGAGGAUACAAACGCUAUCAAUAACCCACCUCAAGUUACUGGCACACCAGUGAAGAUCCUAAGCAAGGGUUGUCGGAGGACAAACAUAACCAUUCCGGCUAUUGAUAGCGAUGGUGAUGAAGUACGCUGCCGAUGGGUGCAAUUACGGAAGGGAGAAUGCGAAACAAACUGCGGGGGCACGUCAUCACAAAUAGAUUGGUCACUUGAGAACACCGCGGCAGGAUGCCAGCUGUCGGUUAAUCCUAGACGUUCGACAGUGGGUUGGUACGGAGUGCCCAUCAUGUUUGAGGACUUCAACAGAAAGGGCGAAGUUCUUAGCAGCGUGCCCUUCCAAUUCAUGCUGAGGAUUGUGGGCAAGCGGUCAUGCCCGAAGCCGGAGAUCGUCUCCUCCUUACCGGAUUGUUUGAUGCGACCAGUUGGUGAAGAUUUCAGCAUCACGCUCACUGCUCGGGCGGUAACUCCUGGAUCAAGGAUUCGGUCGAUUAUGACAACUGGUCUUCUUGGCAUGCACAAGAGCGAAAUCAGGGCUGUUCCUGAGAGACCUCAAGAGUCCUCUGUCAUUGUAACAUGGACACCCCCAUCGAGUGAGGAAGGGCGGACCAACACCCUGUGCUACCAACCGGAGGAUUCAAAUGGUUUCCAAGGAGAAAUGACUUGUAUUAGUCUCCUUGUGGGAGAUGCUACAGCAAUCAGCGGACCGAUUCCUGAUCCAAUUACUUCCAGACCCAGCUCUGGCCGGAAGAUUCACAAGAGCGAGUCGGUUUUCAUGAUCCGGUUUGAUAAGAGCAUCAAGAGACCAACUGCUGGGAGUGAGAUCCGGCUACUUCGGGCCGAUGGAUCGCAUCUUCUUACCGUACCCGUCGAACCCGCUGGAGGUGGACACGAUGAAGCAGUGGUAUACUACGACAACGAGAUCGUCUUCGCCAUCCCCGAGGAACGCCUGCAGGAAAAGCAGACCUACAGGAUCGAACUUCCCGAAGGGCUGGCCGGGGAACCUGGUACAGAGGCGUGCAGGCUGCCGUCAGAAGCUGCAUCGUGGGAUUUCACGGUCGUCGGGGAUUAUAAGGCGACUCCUGAAAAGCCCACCAUCCGGAAACCAGCCCCACAUUGCUACGAAUCCUACAUGGAGAUAUUUAUCCUUAAAAUGAUGGUUCCGUACGAGGAUCCGAAGCACGUGUACUUCCGGGAACCAGCAUGUAUUGCUUGUGUCUACAACGCGACCCAUUUCGUCAUGCGCACCGACUACCAAUUCUGCGGCACGAAUAUCGAACCGCAAAGAGGGAACGGUGCUUUGGUAACCAACGAUAUCCGGAUCAUCCAGGACACAGUCGGACAAUCCGACUCGGUUACCCGGUCAGGCGGGUCUCUGAUACACAUCGUCUGUAGGGCGGAUCACGUGAUUUUCGUUUCGCUGGAUACAGAUAUUGAAGUGAUGGCUGAAGAUACAUGGGAUGGAUCAAUAGCGGUGUAUAACUACAGCCUCAUGUUGUAUGGAGAUAACGCCUACACCAGCCCAUACGGGUAUUCCAGCUACCCUGUUCAGGCUCCUCUAGGAGAGAAACUUUACUUCAAGGCGAGCACGGAGAGAAUUGGAAACCGACGAAGAGAAAUUUAUUUGAGAAGCUGCACUGCUACUCCUUAUCCGAAUCCCGGCGACCUCCUCUCACAUCAGUUCAUUGACAACAACUGCCCUGAGGACGAUACUGUUACCAUACAACGCAUCUCUCGCGAAGAGAUCCAGUUCUCCAUCGAGUCUUUUGCGUUUCUUCAUCAUUUCACGAGCGAAUCGAUCUCUGUCUACUGUAAGGUAUGGUUGAGGAGUCAUGGUGAUGGCCCGCCAUGCCCAGUGGUGAGGACCCGAAGAUAUGCUUGGCCGAAGUAAACAUGCCUUGGAAUACGAUCUGACCGCCGAAAAAUACAUGACCAACGAAUGUACACACCGCUUUAACAACUUCUCUUCCAUAUUCGGGAUGUUCUUAUUUGCAUGUACAAUAGUGGACAGGAAGUUUUCGCUCGGCGACCUAUCAUGCCUAUGGAGGAUUAAAAAAACACGGUUUUGUGUGUUGAAAAUGCCGUCAAAUAACAGUGAUGAGUUCUUUGUCGAAAACUGAGGGGUUAAAACAGCAGUUUCGUCCUGCAAGACUCUCGACAAGCGACAUAAUAAUUUGCUAUUUUUUCGUCAGCUUCACAACUACGACGAAAUUGCUGUUCCUGUUCAACAACUUUAGACAAGAUCUCCCGGCUGUUCAUUGUCAUUCGAAGGGCAUUUUCAAUGCAUUUGCUGUGUUCUUAGAUCCGCCCCGAGUGAUUGAAUAGAAAACUCCUUGU